AUGGUGACCCCGAAUCCGGCCCGGCCGGUGUCUCUCAGGUUCAAGAAAAUGGGCAGCACGACCUUGCCUCUGGCAAAGCCCAGGUUUCGCCACGUAACCUGUCUGGGCAUGGACCGGCCAGGGGGGGCGCGGGAGCCCCGGACGGAGCGUCUGCAAACAAAGCUAAUGGAGCUGACGACGGAGAAGUGCCGUGAUGCCCGGCAAAUUGAAGAGCUGUUUGCAAAAAAUCACCAAUUAAGGGAACAACAGAAGGUCCUUAAGGAAAAUGUAAAAGUGUUAGAAAACAGGCUGCGAGCGGGUCUCUGUGACAGAUGCAUGGUCACGCAGGAACUGGCAAAAAAGAAGCAGAAUGAAUACGAGACCUCCCAUUUCCAGAGUCUCCAGCACAUCUUCAUCCUCACUAAUGAAAUGAAUCGCCUGAAGGAAGAAAACAAAACUCUCAAGGAAGACCUGAAGAGGCUCCGGAGCCUGGAGGACAGGACAAAGUACCCGGGAGUCAUCUCCAGAGAAAGCUGCUCCACCCCCCAUUCCCCCUUGGCUUUACUGUCCCCAGCAAGCAGAACCCCCAGCACCGACAAAGCAGCUCAGAGAGGGGCAGAAGAGGCACACCACGACAUGCCAGGCCUUGAGCUGGGAGAAGAAAAGUCUGCAGGACAGAGAAGUUCUCCAAGCAGUAGGACUUCCCCAAGCAGUGUGCUCCAAGAAACCAGCCUCACGGAAAUGACAUCCCAGAGGAUCGCCAACCAGCUGCAUGGGACUAUUGCCUUGGUGAGACCUGGCUCGAGACCAUGCCUCCAGGAAAAAAGUCCUCCAGGGGCCACACUGUCCCCACCAGCAAGAAAGACUCCUCUCCCACUGGAGCGUGAGCACAGCCCCAGCCUCGAGGCUUAUGCAACAGCAAGCAAGCCAGACUCUCCCAAGGUUGCUCCAUCCUAUGAAAACCUAAAACUGACUGCCAGGAAAGAGCAGCUCUGCCUCCUCAGCAAGCAUUUUUCCCUGCACCAGCUGGGGCUGGCGAGUACCUGUGCUUCUGCCGACCGGGAUGGCAGCUUCUCCAGCCAUUUCCUCAGGGCCAAAGACGCUGAAGGCAGUGUGAAGUCGUGCGACGACUGGGAAGAUCGCGCAGCCAUUUUCAAACUCCCCGGCGCCGUGGUUUACAUGCGGGAUCAGCAUCUGGAGGGGAAACUCCACUUCCUCAAGCACCGAGAGUGGCUGCAGCACUUCCUCGCUCACCAGCGCCAGCAAGGCCUCCGCGCCAGGGCGGAUGGCGACCCGCAACCCGCUCCCGAGGAGCGGUCCCCGACCCCCUGGCCGAGCGUCACGCCAGGAGGCAAAGAGGAAAGCUCCUUCCUGGAGGACACCGUGGAUGGGAAAGACGACAAAGAGCUUUGGCUAAGCAGGGACGGCUCUGAGCUCAGAGAGAAGGCCGAGGCGGCGAGGGACUACGGCACAGAUGCGCCGCUGGACCUGUCGGACUCGGGUCGCGGCAGGGAGAGGGGCCGGCACAGCUCCCCGGAGCUGCGGGAGGCGGGCCACGGGUGGCCCAGCCCUGGGGAGACCCCCCCUGCUCCAGCAGCCCAGGGCUCCUGCCGACGGCACAGGGCAGAGCGGGACGACUCGCACCUCUCCUACCGCUGCCUCCAAGCUGCCCGAGCUCAGCACAGGGGCCAGCCCGGCGGUGUCAAGGAGGAGGAAGAAGAGGAGGAGCAAGCAGCCGUGCUCUCUUUCUCACGGGCCCACCCCACAAGCAAGUCAACGUCGAGUGACCCUGAGGCCCUUCUGGAGACCAGGAUGAGACUGUCUCUCAAUGCACAGAAGGCAGAACCAGACGAUGAGGAUGUUGAGUCUGGGAAGCAGGACUCUGAUGAGCCCAACACAACGGACAGCGAGGUCACUGUUCCAUAUGAACACAACAUCCCACAAGAAGCCCAAGCUGAAGGAGAAUAUUUUUGCACCAAAGACAGAGCUGAUGCGCUGCUAAAGAAGAGAAAAAGAGCACAGGAUCCCUUGACAAAAGCAGUAUCAAAGAAGUCACUGAGAGGAAGAAAGAAAAUCAAAGCUGAAGAGCGCUCAGCUGGGGCACCGGGGAUCACAAAGAACCUGGAGAACUGCUCCGCUUCCCACCACAACACCUCCGAGGAGAGCUAA